AAUGAAGGCUUUUCUUCUAAUAACAAUCAGCUAUGUAGUGUAAUGUUGGUGGGAUGUUGGUCAUAUGAUGACUGCAUAGAUAGCCAAGAAUUACUUAAAAGACAAUCGUCCAGAUGUGUUGGCAUGGUCUGAUUCAUUGGUUUAAGAUUUGAACCCACUCACAGAUGGGAAAUCUAACACAUUUGCAGAGGCUGCAGUGUGGAUGGAUGACAUAAAGGAAACAGGAACAGCAUUUAUGAAUGAUUGGCAUUACACAGAUAGACCCAUAAAUCCUGACGGUCUAUUGAUAAAAUUGGACGACCAAGUCAGAAACAUAAAUUCUAUUUAUGCAAUUAACCAAGCAGUUUCUGUGCUCACUAACACCAAAACAGCUAAGAAUAGACACACAAUGUUCAAAGCUUAGAUGAUUAGAGUGCUUCUUCAUGUUAUUGGAGACAUGCAUCAACCAUUACAUGAUACUACCUUCUUUAAUUCAAGUUAUCCAAAUGGAGACUAAGGUGGAAAUUUCAUGAAAGUUCAGGUAUAGUUGAAAUCGAUAAGUUUAGUUGGAGAAUGGAACUCUAGUCAAUUUACAUUCUUUUUGGGAUGCAGGUGCAUUUGCUUUUAGUCCCAAUAACUCUUUUUUAGUAAGACCUUUGAGUUAAAGUGAUCAAGAAUAUUUGAAUAAGUGGUCAUUGGACGUAAUUAAAAAGUAUUAAAUUACGAAAUACAAUAAUAUCGAUAUGACGUAUUUUAUGCAUUAAUAUUUAAAUAGUAAUCCAACAGUUUGGACUUAUGUGGGGUAUAGACAAGCUGUUUAAUUUGUGUAUCCAAUGAUUGCUUCAUCAAAUAACUACAACAAGGACUAUACGUAAUAAGCACAGCAAUUCUGCGAAGAGAAUCUAGCUAUUGGAGGAUAUCGUUUGGCCCAGAAGUUAAUCGAUAUAUUUGAUCAGAUUCUCCUAAAUGAAGCCAAAUUAACAUUUGAAGAUUGAUUUUUUAAACUAC